AUGCCUAGUAUUAGAAAAUAUCGACGUGACACUACCGAAGUUAGCUGUUGCCUUAAAUAUGUUAUUUUUGGAGUGAAUGUCCUUUUUUGGUUUCUUGGACUUAUUGUACUAGCGGUGGGUAUUUGGGCAUGGACUGAAAAGGACACCUUUAGUAAUCUUUCAAGACUCACAAACAUUGCAUUAGAUCCAGCUUUUAUAUUUAUAUGUUGUGGAACAAUUACAUUCAUUAUUGGGUUUACUGGUUGCAUUGGAGCAUUGCGUGAGAACACAUGUUUGCUAGCUUGUUAUGCUGUUUUUCUUGCCUUAUUGCUGCUUGCUGAAAUGACAGCUGGCAUAUUAUUCUUCGUCUUCAAAGAUUGGAUUAAAACCCAAGCCACAACUGGAUUUCAAACAUUUAUCACUCACUACAGAGAGGAUCCUGACCAACAAAACUUAAUUGACUGGAUUCAAGAAGAAUGGUUACAAUGCUGUGGGGUAGAAGGUCCUCGUGACUGGGACAGGAACGCCUACUUCAAUUGCUCAAGCGGCGUUGUUGGUUCGCGAGAGGCUUGCGGGGUUCCUUUCAGCUGUUGCCGCACGAAACCGCAAGAUAUUAUACGCAACAAACAGUGCGGUUAUGACGUUAGGAAGCCGACUUAUCAAGUAAGCGAACACGUAAUACACGAGCGAGGUUGUUUGGUAGCGGGUGAAGAUUGGCUCCAACGACAUUUUGCGCCCGUGGCAGCUUCAGUCUUAGGACCAUUAGCGUUGCAGAAUUAUGAUAUAGCUAAGAUAAUAUAUGAAAAAGGAUGUUUAGAGGCUGCUGAAGAAUGGUUUGAUCACAAUUUGUUGGUAGUUGCUACUUCUGCUGUUUGCACUGCUUUUGCACAAAUUCUUGGAAUAUGUUUUGCACAGAAUCUCCGAGCUGACAUAUUCGCGCAAAAGUCAAAAUGGCACUGA